AUGUCUGCCGAAAAUGGAAUCUCGGUCCGUCAGAUGAGACUCAAGGUACUCUACACGUUCGACAGCGAAAACAAAACAAAUUGUCUAGCCCGAUGGCCUCACCUCAUCGACAUCCAAACGGCCUUCAUAGACGAAGAAACUCAGGUUGGAAUUAUCGAACUAAAGACCUGUAUUCAGGCCAUUGUGUCUGCUAGCCCCGAACUUGUUGCCAAACUUGGCCGAGAUUAUACGAUUUACGCUUACGACUAUUCUGAGUAUGAAACGCCAUUAGUGGGACAAGGGAUGCUGUCCUGGGUCUUGGCUUCUGCCUCACCUACUCCUGAUGCCCCAGCCCAUCAAUCGAAAACGAUGGUGACUGGCCGUGUUUGCAAAAAUGUUUUUGGUCUUUUCUCUCAAGGCUCGCAGGAAACUUUGGAGGUCAAAUUACGGCUAGUGCCAGUCCCCACAGUUUUCCAAAAUGAGUAUCUUAACAACAUGCAUAAAUAUCGGGAGUCAGGGAACAUACAAGGAUUUGAUGCGCAGUCCUGGACCAAUUUUGUUCAAGCCAACCCAGGCCUCCUGGCAGCAGGAUGCAACCGUUCCGCUUCUGCUCCUUCGGAUCGUGUUGCUUCCCCAAUGGAUCGAUCCGGCAUUGAGCGGAUGCACCAGAUGCUGAGUGAAGGCUCAACUCCAAGGGAUUUUUCAAAUAUCACUGCUGCAGAAUCUUAUCAUGCUGACUCUCCUGCUUAUUCGACCCAUGCCGCACCGAGUCGAGCCUCGACUCCUGGACUUACAAGGCCUAGCAGCCAACAUCAAAAAAGGGUCACAGCAGAAGCAUUUCGACCCUCUUCCCGAGAGUCUGGCUAUGAUCCAGACUCCCGCCAUCAACCAGCUCCAUAUAUGGGUCGACGAAAUUCAACUUUCUCUGGAUAUGGAAGUGGUGACGAAGCAACUGAGCCCCCUGCACCCAAAAGAGCAAAAUUGAUGAGGGCUGAUUUGCAGGACAAACCCAAUAUGAACAUAGAGAGGCAGCCAGGCUCUCUUCGUGUUGCCGCCAGUACUGCGGCGUCCGUCCGUAUCCACCGUCCCAUGCCCCUCAAUCCAGCUACGGCCCGAAGUCAAGGAUCCAAUGAUGACCCUGUUCGCCCACCCACCCCCAUUCCUAGAGGCAACGCUGGAACAGCACGCUUUAACCGCCCGGCACAAAGCAAUCUUCGCCGUGAAUCAUCGAGCGGUACUCACGUGUCAUAUUCGUCACAAUAUACGCCUACACUGGAAACCGCGGCUACGUCUCCCGAAGAUGUCCGAUACGGAAGUGCCAUUGAUACCCCGUUCAACAUGCCAUCAUCUCCACCAACAAUGGAAUGCAUCUAUCCCCAGACGUCCAGUCCUCUUCUUCCACCUCUCCCUGAUCAUGACUCUGGGUUCAUGAGCGGCAGUUUAGACUCAAUUCUUGACGACCAUUGCAUAAGGAACACCCUUGACGACCUUGGUACUUCCACUGCAGAAGUGAGCCAAACGACAAACGACUCUGAAAAAAGCAAAACUGAAUUGCCAGCUCAUAACAUUCCCCAGCCACUUAAAACUCAAAACAAUAGUUUUCCGAUGAGUGAUAGUGUAGUUGAUACGUCCAACAAUGAUCCCGCUAACACGCUACCACUGCCACCACGAAGACCAACCGCUUCUCGUCCAUCUUCCAGAGCUAGUGUUAGGCAACCAACAAAGCCGCUUGCCCCUGCUCCUAUCUCCCAGAGUGAGGCAGAACGACUAAGUCGGCAAGCUAUUCCCGGCAGCGACCCUGUGCGUCCUACACCGAAUCCCAAGCAGCACUAUCAGCCCUGGAAUUGUCCCAUGAGUGACUUUCCAAUCUCUACCACCCCUGCUCCAAUGGCUUCUGAUGAUGGCAAAGUACGCAGUGGGGCAGGGGGCAGGAGAACCAAGCAGGUUCAGGCACGUCUUGAGCAAUGUAUUCGUGAAGGGACCGUUCCGCCGUACUGCGAAAACUGCGGCGCAAUCGAGACUCCUACCUGGAGACGAGCCUGGUCAAAGGUCAUCCAAGGCAACGGAGAAGAUGCAAAUUCCAACAGGAAUGACCCUACAAUGCUCUUUUGGCGACCAGAAGAAGUUGCCGAUGAUGGCAGCGUCAUAUCUUACAAACAGUUCAAAAAGUCAUUGGCAGACGACGAUAAGGAUUUUGUUCAACUCUUAUUGUGUAACCCUUGUGGCUUGUGGCUUCAUAAAUUCAAAACUAUGCGACCGGAAAAUAAAUGGAAUAAACCACCCACAAAGGAUAAAAGGAAGCGCGCACCCAGAAGAAAUAGACCCGUUGCCGGUGCUGCAACGAGAUCACGUAGUAAAGCCCUUGCUUCUAAACGAAACGCAUCGUCUCCUGGGCCAAUAGAGGCCUCUUCGCCACCCGGGGAAGACCCAACCACGCCUGCUGACAAUGCGAACGAUACGGGGAAUGAUGAGAAUGCACCUCCUUCUCGAUCUGCCGGCCGACGAGCGAAUAGUGAGGAGCCACCAAGGUCUUCUGACAAAUGCGAAAUUCGGUGGCGGGAAGAAGAUGCGAUGAAAGCGUUGCAUCGCGCAAUUCAAUCUAGCCCGGCGGGGAAUAUGGAAAAAUCAACUCUUCCCUUCAUGGAGACAAACCUCACACCUAACCCUAUUCGCAGGUCUCUGUUCCCCCUUUCAAGGGAGGGUGAUACCAUGAAGACUCUGAGCGAUUCUUCGAUCAAUGUGAUACGACGAAGCCCGCGGGCUGCAUCCAAGCAGUCGAAUAUGACCCCAGCUAAGGAAAACACACCUUGUACAAGCUUGAAUGAUGGGCUUGAUGAUCUUUUUGGUGGCGACGCUGAAAACGAUCCAUUGCCAUUUCCGGGUAGCCCUACCCCAAAACAAAAUAGGAGGCGCGUUAUCUUAACACCUUCUAAAAAGUCCAAGGGUGGUAAGGGUUUGGGAAACUCACCGAAUGGCCCCAAUGCGGGAGAAGGCACCAUCUUCUCACCGUCGAGAUUGACUGCUGAAGAGCUUAAACGAGCAAGUCACGAAGGAUCCGGGUUGACACCCCGAGCCUAUCGAAUAAACAACCUUCUAAAAGAUGACGCUUUACAAGUUUCUUCACUCCAGGAAAGCCCGCAGCUGCAGCACUUUCAAUCUAUCGGUGGCCUUGUUUUAGAUAUCUUCGACUCGGAUGAAGACUCCGUCGCACAGACCGACUCCUUCUACCCGUUUGUGCCAGCCGAAUGCCAGGUCAGUAGCAACUGGGCAGACUGGGCUGCUGAAAGCAGCAUUUCACCUAAAACUUUAGGAUAUAUGGGUACUAUCACGCAACAAGAACGGAGUGGCCUAACUGAAUCGACAACCAAGAGCCUUAAUGCAGACCAUACAUCGACGCUGAAAGACACCUUCUUGCUACCUGUUGAUCCUGAUGACGCUGAAUUCAGCCGUUUGCUCUCUGGCGACUCGUCCUCGAAUCUCGAUGGAAAUUUAGACAACCCAUCUACUCUUGCCGGUUCAAAUAUUUUUGACAGAUCAAUUGCAGAAGCUGGUCUUUUAAAUUUGGAGCCUAAAGGGGAUGCCGAUGUCGGAGGGCUCGAUCCCGCUGUUGUGUCUGCUAUUAUGCAAGAAAUCACCAACGACAAGACCAAGGUUGAUGUCGAUUCCGCUCCUUUGAAUGCCCAGGAGGCCAGUUAG